AUGAAAAUCUCCGUUUAUGCCGUAUCUUUUGUGGUUGGGCUUACUGUGGCUGCCCCCAUAGCUGUGCCGGCUGCCGUAGACGGGCGUUCUCCCGGCGUUCUAGUAGCUACUCCGGAAGGACAAGGCGGAGGAGUGAAUGAGCGCGGAGUGUUAGUAGCUACCCAGCAAUUGAAGUCGGAUGGACAAGACGGAGGGCUGAAGGAGCGUGGCCUUCAAGCAGUUACCCCGGACGGACAAGGCGGAGGGCUGAAGGAGCGCGGCGUAUUAGUAGCUACCCCGGAAGGACAGGGCGGAGGAGUGAAUGAGCGUGGCGUGUUAGUAGCUACCCAGCAAUCGAAGCCGGGCGAACAAGGCGAUGAGGUGAAGGAGCGCGGCCUUGAAGUAGCUACUUCGUAA